CAUCAAUUGCGUCGCAGUUUUUAGUUUUAGUGUGGAACAAACCACAAAGAAAUAUAUACUGAUAGAGAUAAACUGAGGUGAAAUGAACUGAAACCCAGAUCCAUUCCAAACACUGAAUUGUUUUGUUUUCGUUUCCGAGAAGUUAGACAUCAAGCGCAAUCAGUUGAUUUUGUAUAAUAUUUACAUUUAUGACGGCUUACUUUUGAAAAUAUAUGCUUAAACUUUUAAAGUUUUGCCAAAUAUUUGUCAUUGCUAAUCUUUUUUUAUUUGUUUAGAAUCGCUCAUUAAUAAUUGUUCUGUUUAAUCAAAAAUAAACAGAAGAUAGUUCCCUGUUUUAAGCAGCAUUUUUUGACGGUAAUAGCUUGAAACAGUAGUAACAUUUAAAAAUGUUUCUUUCGUUACAAAAAUUUUCUAUUUGAUUGUAUUGGUUGUGGAGCAGAUUUCCAUCAAAGUUUGAACUGAAAAGAAAGUAUAUAAGAGAGAGGUUGAUACAGGCUUGUACAGUAAAAAAUACUGUAGGAUUUCUACAGGUGAAAAAAGGGAAUUCAAAUCAAGGAUGUUAAUGUUUGGGUGACAUGGAAGGGCGUUUGUCCUCCAGACAACGCUAUAGGAACUGUGCAGGGAGUAAUAACAACAACAGUGGGCGAGGAUGGAUGAAAAAGUAUGUGAUAGCAUGUCUUGUGUGCGGAGGUUUGUCCAUCGCCCAUGGCAUAGUCUUUGUCAUCAUUUACCUUCUCCUCCGCUCCUAUACUUCAUCCCUACAAUUCUUCGAGACAAUACCCACCUAUGUUCCAGGAAUUGUGUUUAUUAUAACUGGCCUCAUUUUAACAUGUUUUAUCAAGCGAAGGAAUCGAUAUGCAUUUCUGAUUAAAAUGGCUGGUGGCUGCUGCCUUGUUUGUGCCCUUCUUUGUGUUGUCAUCACGGUGACAACAACCGUCGUUCACAUGAAUCGCCUUCAGACGCUGCACGAGUGCGUGUAUACUCCUCAAUCUAAGACGUGCAUGUGUAUUUCUGCAGUUGGAGACCACGAUAACCAAGAAACACACCGCUUUGUUUUCAAUAGUACGCCAAAUUGUGAAGUUGUUCACGGAAGUUUAUAUUCCUGUUUGCGUGUGCUCUUCAGUUUCUCUGUUUUAGGAAUACUUUUGUGCAUUUCUUGUUCUAUGUUGCUAUACCAACUUCUUAACCAUGAAAAGAAACGACUCUAUUGGGAACAGCUUGAGCUAAGGCGGAGAUUUCUUUAUCAACGUCACUCUCAUCACAGUGUUUGUGGAUGUUACGACGAGUUAUAUCCGUGGCACAUUUGGGACAUGAUUGAUUACAGACUUCUGGCAUCUCAUAAUAAUAUGGCGAGUAUAGGCAACGAAGAAGAGCAGUGUUCUCCUACUAACUCUGCCUUCAGGGAUCAAGCAUCCAGAUCGGGAAAUCGCCCGUCUGGCUGGAAUUGGCUUCCAUGGCAAAGGCAAAUGACGGAAAGAACUCAAAAUGAAAUUGAGGAUACACCUACUCAAGCUAACUUCAUGCAACGAUUGAUGUCUCGGGAAUCUUGGAAUCAACAUCAUACGAGUGCCAGCAAUGAGGAUGUAGAUUCUCUUCCCUGGCGGAGUGAAUGCAUUCACAUUUUCCGCUCCCGGAACACUAGUUGCUUUCCUCCGUCAUCUCACUUUGGAAUUCGCUCUAGAAAUUCACCGUAUGGGCGGCCGCAAGUCAGUCAUCGGAGAACCAGGUCCAAUGAUGGAAUAUUUCAUCAUUUGCAUUUAAAUUCCAGUCCGCGUUAUGCCCAGCCUUACUCCUUAGUGGACCCAUGCAACUUUUCAGGAUAUGAAGUACCACGUUAUAUGUGGGGACCACCGCCUCCCUAUUCUCAACCACGUUCAGCUGAAAACAUAGUGCUCUAUGAUGAAAAUCAGUGCAGAAGAUCUGGUAUCGAGCAGCUGAGGAGCAUAUCUCACUGCGACCCAGUUCUCACUGGUUUAGAAUUGGAGCAAGUAGGCAAUGGAUCGAUGUCUUCGAAGAUGAGUACGCCUUUAUCCGAAAGACGUUUUGUGUGCCAUAAUUUCACUUCAGAUGGCAUCACUUUAACUAUUGGUGGAAAUUAUACCAACAUGUGCUCGCAGAAUACUGUACCUAGAGAACAUAAGAAUGAAGAAACCUGUAUAGUUGAAGUACAUGUGCCAUAUUUACUUCAAAAGAAAGAUGUAUUUUUCAACACAUUACCUGCGAGAAACUGUAAGAAAAAAAAUAUUAAUCCAUUUAAAUCACUUUCAAAUAUACCAUUAGGACUAUCUCGAAAAAUUAAUGUCCAGAAAAGUGAAAAGUCUGACCCAGGUCAACUCUCUGUGAUCAAAGCUGCAUGUGAUCUCCAAGAAAAUACUGUAUCACUUUACCAAGGUACAAAUGUCAACAGUGUGGAAACUUGUAUCAAUCGCUCUAGCGGAUUGAGAAGUUUAUCCACCCAACUGUUCUGUGAUGAACCCAUCUUGAACAAUAUGACUGUAGACAUGGAUGCUACACCCAGUUCUGUGAGUUACCAACCCACCCUGGUGGAAGUGCCAUCAGAUUUAAAGUCCGGUCUUGUGAUAGCCACUAGCCCCUCCACCCCCGUGACUGAAAAUGUCACACUGACUAACAAAAUUUAUGCCCAGUCAAUGCCUAAUUUAAAUAUGUCCAACUCUUCACUCCCCUGCCAUAUUCCUAGAGCCCCUUCUAGCGGCAACACAUCUACAUCUCAAGACUUUGCAGAUUUUGAGGAUGACAGCUCUCCCAUAAUUCUGUGCAGCCCGGUAUCAUCACUGCCACCCUUGCCAGAUGACGAUGCGACAGACAGUUCCUCUUCAUAUCCUCCUUGUCUGUUCAGGUGCGACGCUGCAUUUUCAAAUGAAUCGAGUUCAGCCGGUAACAGUGAUUCGUCAUCGUGUGGCGUCAUUGUUAUAGGAAAUAUACCAGAGUCUAAACUGGUCGCACCAUCCAUCAUCAUAAGCAAACGUCCUCCGACCGAGUGCCCGAUCAGCUGCAACAUCCGCCAUCUUCAUCGCUAUCACCCGGAUGGUGGUGAUCAAAAAUUUGUAGUUACUAUUAAAAGUGUCAAUGUGUGAUAAGAUAUUUCAAGAAAAGGUAAUGUGGCUUAGAGACAUUGUAUGGGACCACUGUUUUUUGAGCUGCAAUUCAUGCCUCCCAUAUUGGGUGGUUUCUUUUGCAAUUCUUGAAUAUA